AUGAGGCUCUCGCACUGUGAGACCUACUGCGCCUCCCCCCUCUGCUACAUCCCCUGCCUCCCCAAAUCCAAAGAUGCGCCACCAGCCGCCGACGCCGUCUCCGCGCCGCCCUGCCCGGUCGAGGACAAGCCGCCCCAGGUCCAGAAGAUUGAGGUCGUCGCGCCGCCGGCGGCGGCGGCCGACAAGGAUGAAGACGGCAAGGACCACAAGGAGCACGAGGACGGCGAGAAGACGGCGGCGGUGCCACUACCCAAGAGCAACCUCAAGAAGGCCAACUGCGGCGACGACGGCGUGUGCGCCCCCAAGGGCAAUGUGAAGUGGCUUGAUUUGCUGGGGAAGGAUCUCACCGAGGUCAAGGAGUUCGAGCCAAGGAUGAAUUAUUGUCUUGUGACGUGUAUGCAAUUAACUAGGCGAAUGUUUUGCAUGCUCCGAUUUUAG